GGGAAAAAUACAUCAUUUAUCCGAGUUUAAUGCCACGGCCCGUCUCAACUGACUAUACAAUAGACAUUUUCUUCAGAAGUGUGACCAUGUCAGCGGCAUCGUUCGGGCAUUUCGUUAGUAUGGUGCUAAAGUCGCGACUUUCUGUGGAAUUCAAGUUAUUGGAGUGUAAAAUAGGGCCUGAGGAGGACGUGACGCAGCUGCAGGUCGAGAUGGAGAACCAAGCCACUCUUCAGAGGAUGGAUCCACGGCCCGUCUCAACUGACUAUACAAUAUAUUUUGACUUAGAAUGCGUGGACAUGUCAGCGGCAGCGUUCAGACGUUUCGUUAGUUUGGUGAUACAGUCGGGACGUUCUGUGAAUUGUCGGUUAUUUCAUUGUACAAUAAAGCCUAAGAAGGACGUGAGAAACCUGAUAGUGGAGAUGGAGAACCAGGCUGCUCUCACCAUGACGCAUUUCGUGAAGCAUCCAUACAAAGAUUGGGACAUUACGUUCCUCAUAAACGUAAAAGAUAAGAUGACGCGUUUUCAGAGAGUACGAAGGUUUUUUGGAUUCAUGAAAACAAAGUGAAAUAAAGUUCUAAGGAACUUGUAUACCAACAUGUUCUUCAAACGUUCAGCAUUGACGGCCCACUGCUUUUAUCAGAGAAAAUGACCGACAAAUAUGUGGUUCUUAUAGCUUCGUAGAAGCGUAUUGUCCGAAAUAAAACCCGCUAUCAAAUAGAAGUUCUUAAACGGCGAUUCAUUUUGAUGAUUAAUGACCAAAUAUGUUAAUGAAACUGUUUACAUUUUUUUCAAUUCUUUCAGUGGCUUAAAAAUGAGUCUAAAGUGUGUUGUUGUUGUAUAUAGAGUUUGAUCUGUUUGUAUAUGCCUUGCAAAUAAUAGUGAUUUCAGAGUGGAUUAUUACUGUGAAUAGAGUUCUAUUUCUUAGCAUAAUCAUAAUGAUUCUAAUGUGUGUUGUUGUUGUAUAUAGUGUUUGAUCUGUUUGUAUAUGCCUUACAAGCUCUAUUAUGAUUUCAGAGUGCAUUGAUAUUGUAAAUAGAGUUUUAUUUAUUAACACGCAAAUGAAUGUUUUGUACGAUAGAAAAAGAUUUUAAAGGACUCGUUCAUAUUUUAUAGGGUAAGACAUCAGACAGCAAUAGUUCUUGUGAAAUGUGAACAAAAUGCUGGUAACAAAGAUUAAAUAAUCAGAAAAGAGCUCUCUUGCUAAUAAUUAUUUUCAGCUAGGAUUCAGAAAAGAGCUCUCUUGCUAAUAAUUAUUUUCAGCUAUGAUUCACAAAAGAGCUCUCUUGCUAAUAACUAUUUUCAGCUAGGAAUCACAAAAGAGCUCUCUUGCUAAUAACUAUUUUCAGCUGGGAUUCACAAAAGACCUCUCUUGCUAAUAAUUGUUUUCAGCUAGGAUUCACAAAAGAGCUCUCUUGCUAAUAUUUAUUUUCAUCUGGAUUCACAAAUUUCUGCUCAAAUGAGUAUCUUUUAGUUGUAGGUUGUUUGCUUUUGUUCAACAAGUUAAUAGCUGAAUUUCAAGUCAUUAGAAAAUUAGUGCCAUAUUAAAUAUGUGGGUGAAACCGUUUAAUGUACAUUAUGAAAUAAUUGUGUUAUUUUGAAUAUAUAUUGUACGAUAUAGUGUGUUUUUAUAGAUUUUUAUUUGUAUAAAUAUGUCAUGUGCAUUAUAGUGAUGUUUAUUAUAUGCCUAUCUAUUUCCUUUUUCAUAUCCAACAAUGAAAAUACAGCACGCCGUAUUGAAAAAUCCAUAUCACCAUACUGUCGUUUUCUGAUUCCGUAUCAUGCUAGUACGGUGUGUGUGUAGUCAUUGAACUUCUUUCGCGUCGCUAAAACAGCAAUACUGAUACAACUUGUCAACUUUUAGAUACACAACAUAGCCUUAUUUUACUUACGCCACCAAUAGCACGUAAAUAAUCAGGAACAUAGUAUUCAAAGAAAUAUUUGGAUAAGCUCGAAGCAGAAAACACUUCCGAUCUAUCUAGACAACUAGUUGUUUGCCAAUUCGAAGAUCAUUAAUUGUAGCAUUAUCAUAAACAUAAGUAGCUCACCAAUACAAAAAGAAGACGAAUUUGCGUGAUCGAUAGUUAUAGCGAUUGACCCACGAACUUACCUCAAUUCUGCAUAUUAUAAUCAAAAAUUCCUACGAACAUUCACUUUUGUUAAAAAGGCCGCGUUACGUCUUCCGGAAAUGACGAUUUGUUUAUACUCGUAAAAUAAGUACUUUUUGUGCAGUGACAUAUAAUAAUUGUUUUUGUAUUAGCAAUUUUUUGUUCAUUUUGCCGAGAUAUACAACAUUUUCUUCUUAUUUUGCUCAAUAAAGUGAAUUCUGGAAUGUAUGACUUGUUUCGCUGUAGUUGCUUUUCUUAAAUUCAAUACACAAGAGGACGUAACAUAUUCAUACACGCAAGCCAUUCUAUAGUUGACCAUUUGACGGAUAGCGGUAAAAUUAAAUCAAAUUAAAACCGAAAAAUAAAAAAAGGAUUAAAUGGUAAGGUAUAUAAUAAAUUGAAUAUUACGAUAGGACGCUUUUCUGAUGAUCUGUAUCACGUCUCGUUCGAUGUGUAGACACGUAUCCGUCUCGAUCAACGGACACAUGUUAACACACCGAACUCGACGUGAUGCAGGUCACCAGAAAAGCGUCCUA